ACGCGUUGAAGAAAUUUGUAGCCAAGAUAUAGGUUUUAAAUUUACUAUUUUUGAUUUUAAGUUCCCUUUUUGAGGCUUUGGUCAAAUUGUGGUCAGAUGCUUACAUCUUGUGACGUCACUGACAGCUCUCGUCGUCUGUCGUCUGUCUAUUGUUUUGUUUGCGUAGUUGUUGUUGUUGUUGAAAAGGUGUGCUGUUGUUGUUCGAGAUUGCAACAAGUGGUCAUGGAUGGUGUUCAACUUGGAUUUGAACCACAAUAUUGCUAAGCAUGUCGGAAUAUUGAAAAGUUUUCAAGGCCAAUAUAAGCCGUUUCUAAAUUUCUUCAUUGUGAUUGUACAUUUCGAAACCAUUUAAAGAUGUCAGGACAGGCAGAAAUUGACCUUUCAGAGGUUCCCAUAGCUGCUCUGCGUGAUAGAACUCGUCGACUCCUUGAAGAAUCCCUGAAUGAAGCUAGAGUUCUCCCCACAGAUGAAAACAUUCCAAGAGAUUGGCGGGGGCUUGCUCAUUUUACUGGAAUUAACACAUUAUCCCUAGCAAAAUCAACAAAUCCUUGUUCCGAAAUAUUAAAACUAUGGGAUGAAGACAAGCUGUCAAAAGGAGAUAAGAGACCUUCACUGAGAGAUCUGCUGAAUAUAUUUGCCCAGAUUGAUCGAUGGGAUGUGUACGAUGAUUCAGAACCAAUGAUGUUGGAAGAUGCAACUCAUUACACCACAUCACUUCAAGUACAACCAGUCGUUAAGGAAACCAUUCAGCCUUUUGAAAAUGGCUGCUUGACACAGAAGGAUGUUGAACGUUGUCGGGAUGGACUCCCUCUUCUGAAGUAUGAUGCAUUCUUGCUGUAUGCAGAUGAAGAUCUCAAGUAUGCCAGAAUGAUGAUUGAUAAGUUGGAGUACGAAUACAACCUUCAGCUUGUUGUGAAGGAUAGAGACUUACUCACAGGUGUAGGUUUUGAGUUCAAAGCUAUCACAAAGUUGAUUGCUGAGCGUUGUUCUUGUAUGAUUGUCAUUCUCUCUCCAAAUCUUCUUAAAAGUGAAGCUAACAUGUUUUUCUUGGCCUUUGCCCAAUCACUCAGCAUCCAGCAGCAGCAAAAGCGCAUCAUACCCUGCAAAUAUGAACCUUGUGACCUUCCACCAGAAAUAAGUUAUCUGUAUUAUCUGGAUUAUCAACGCUCGUUAUUGUUUAACAACUUCUGGCAGAGAAUCAGCAGCUCAAUUAAGGCUGCUAUUGAUGCUCCUGUUCCACAAAAAGUGAGCCCUCAGUUGAGCACUACUUCCAGUCAAAGUGAGGCCAGAUGUACAAUAACAGAAAUACCAUCAGAAGAAAUCCAACCGGAUGUGGAGUCAACUGUCACUGAGGAGCAAACUGCCAUUGUGAGAAUGUCAGACCCAUCAACUCAUUUUCCUGGCAACAGUUUAGAAAACUCUACAGAGAAGAACUGGUUUUGCAGCAAAUCUUCAAUAAAGAGUGAUGACAUUUCUCAGCCCUCAAAACCACAAGAUACUAGUCUUAUUAGCCGUAUUAAAAAGAUUAAGAAAAGUAAAAAUUGGUUUAAAAAGAAGAAAGCAGUGGCUGUUGAGGCAUGACCUUACUGACCUU